ACAUUCUUGGCCAACUGAAGACAAACCCCGAGUCACGUUGCCGGACCGUUCUUCGGGGCUGUUGGAAUUGUAUAAUUGUGAAGCUUCUCCCAAGAAGCCCGAGGGUGAGUUUUUAAGAGUUUUGCCCUCGGAAGGAUCACAUGAGAGUGAGCUUCAAUUCCCCUCGCGGUGCGGUUGAAAAGCGAGGCGGCGUGUAUGGAGGCGAACUUGGUGCACCAGCCUUCGGUCCUACCAGACUUCGAGUUGUAAGUGUGUUGCGAAUAAGUGCUCUACAAAGAAGUGCCACAACUUGGAGUAUGAGGGUGGACACCGAAUUCUGUACGACGGACAGAUGCCUGCUUUUGGUAUCAUGAGAUAGAUGAUGACAACGGUCUUAUAGCUGAACUUUACACUCUACCUAGCCAUAUCGAGUGAUCUCAAUAACAGCAUACAUUCAGUACAGUAUAAUUCAUUGAGAAACUCUACGAUUGCUGAACAUUUAAUUAUUUCCGUAUCAUCAUCCCUUCAUCC